AUGCCCACAUUCAAGGGUUGGAACAGUAAGCACGGCGCUUCGGAGUCGAAAAAUGAAACGAAGGUCAAGCCACUCCCUCCUCGACUCACUUUCACGGAGCAGACACAACCGGAUGACUCCAUCAUCAAAAGUCUUGACGACCUCUAUUCUAAGACGGUCAGAGUUUGGAGAGGUAGAGAUUGGAACAAUGAUGUGAAGAACGGUGCCACAGGCGCAUGCUUCGACUCAUCCCACCACGUGCCCGGCGAGGGUACUAAGAACCGUGCGGCUUUCAAGGCUGGCAAGUUUGGCUUUUGCCUAGAAUGGAUCGACUUUCCGUACGAGGGUGAAGUCUAUCGUGUCAGGUGCAUGAAAGCGUUCUGCGUAAGAUCGCCGCAAUGUACAGACCACCCCAAAGCAGUAUACAAGGACGGCCCAAACCGUAUCUAUGAUCUCAUGAAUUGGGGUGAGAACGUCACAUAUGGUAUGAUCAAAGAUACCGGAGCUCCAGCAAUCCCUUUGACGGAUUCCCAGCGGAAGGAGCAGGUCCUGGAGGAAAUUGCGGAGGUCAAGGCUAAAUUUGUCGAGGCGUACGAAAGAGGCGAGCUUGCGACUGCCAAAGAAUUGGAACGUCGAGUCUCUAACCUUGAGAGAGCGCUGAAAAACAAGAGUUACUUGCACGAGGACAGAUCAAUCGCCGCGCCCCAACCCUCUGCGUCUGCCACUAUUCUCAACGCUCGGAGGGCUGUGAGCAAUUCAGCCCCAGGUAAUCCAGACCUUGACGCCAAGGCCAAGCGUAAUCUAAACAAUCCCAAGACGAAUAAGGGCAAGACGGACUAUACAAAAGCCCUGGGUUCGAUCAAGGAGCGUCCGGGUUCUUGA